AUGCAGAAAUAUGGCGCGAUCUUUCUUAUCCUGCUGCAAGAAGCCUAUGGAUUUUUAUUUUGGGACCUUAAUCAGGCGACGGGAGCCACAGGAACUUUAUUUUGUGGUGAACUACCUGCAUCCAAUGUCGUAGUCAAGCUCAUGGACGAAGAAAUCUUUGCCGACAAAGCACUUGCCAUAGUGACAACCGAUCACAAUGGACAUUUCAAGAUAUCCGGUUUUGGUGAAGAACUCAGUCUACUGGACCCAUAUCUUCUGAUCAGUCACAGAUGUGGAGUUGAAGGACCAAUGCAUUGCCGCAAACUGGUGAAGCACGCCAUACCGGUCAAAUUCAUCACGAAAGGAAAGAAUACAAAGAUGUUCUACGACAUGGGCAUGUAUCACUUGAACGAAGGGAAUUGGGAAUGGGAGCAUGCAGCUACGACAGGAUGUAUCAACAAAAAGAUUAAAUUGGCUAAAAGUCAAGUGAAGAGAUAUGUGGACAUGUACUAA